AUGGCGACGACGGCCACGUUCAGCUAUGCCGAUCCAGCGACGAUUGUGGCCAGCGACGAGCCGUUUGUGAAGCCAUGGUCCAAGGUCGAUGCUGACGUGACGUCGUUUAGCCGUACCGCUGUGCGCCGUCUGGUCAGCGACAUGCGCACAGCCCUAGUCGCGGAUCCGGCCGCCUUUGGCGUGGACAAGUCGGGUUUUGCGCUGUUCGAAAACGUGCCGGCGACAGAGCGAGCAUUUGUUGACGAGGAGGCUAUCCGCACGAGCUACUAUGCAGAGGUGGAGCAGCUGCUGCGUGCCCAGCUGCCACGGCCAGAGCAGUCGGGCCAGCCAGUCGCCCGGGUGGUUAUCUUCGACCACACGGUGCGGCGCCGCAACCCUGAGGCGCCUCGCCAGCCUGUACAGCAGAUCCACGUGGACCAGACGCCGCGAGCAGCCGAGCAGCGAGCACGUCGCCACCUGGCUGACGUGGCUGGCGUGACCGACGCCGACGUGGACCGUCUCCUGCGCGGCCGCUACCAGAUCAUCAACGUGUGGCGUCCCAUCGGACACGCCGCGUCCGACACGCCGCUCGCGCUCGUCGACUGGCGCUCCACCGACCCGGACGACGCUGUUGCCGUCGAUCUUCUGUAUCCCGCAUGGCAGGCCCUUCGGCCUGGCGGUGAGCUGCUGCCUGACGCUGACAAGGCUCAGUCCACCGACGGCUACGCCAUCCGCGGCGAGACGUACACGGUCGUGCCCAACGAGAAACACCGGUUCUACUACGCCAAGGACAUGACGCCCAACUCGGUGCUCUUCAUCAAGUGCUUCGACUCCCGCAGCCAGGCCGUGCCCGCUGGUCGCCCUGGUGUCGCUGCCUGGACGCCACAUACCGCCUUUGACGACCCGGCCACCCCCCCCGAAAGCAAGGGCCGCCAGAGCAUCGAGGUCCGCUGUCUAGUCUUUUACGAGGACGAGUGA